UGACUGUGAUGCCCGUGAGUAUUUUUAACUGCCAUUCUCAUCCUGUGUUGUAUUACCGGGGUGGGUGCAAGUUUAAAAUGCAGCUCUACAGCAGUGCGUUGACACAUUUCCCUGGAUGUGCUUGUAAAGUUUCGAUUCCUAUAGCAACUGUUCUUGAUAACGUGCCUGUUGCUGGUACUUCUGCUACUGAUAUUGCUAUUAGUAUUACCAAGAGUGGCACAGAAGACUGCGAGGAUCCAGUUAAAAACACCGCGUCUGUUGCAAACAUGCCUGCUUUUUCUUGUUAUGAAGCUGUUACUGGCUCAGCGAACAAGCCAAUCUGCUAUACCUCUACUGCACAGAUCACGAUUACCACCAGGCCCAUUGGAGUGGAAACGUUUGUGCCUGUACAGAUUAUAAAGGACUCAAGAUGUAGCACUGAACCCACGUCGAGAAACUAUUUCCGAAGCCCCCCGAGCGCCGUUGUCCUGGAAAGGGAGAACUAUACACCAGAAACCGGGUGGCUGGAUGAUGUUAUUGAGAACAUGAAGAACAACGUGGACGUGUUUGAGCAAUAUCAAAAGGUGAUAGAAAACAACAUGAUCAACACUGACAGGAUGCCAUAUUAUGUCAAAGUUUGUGAACCAAAGGAUACUGGUUUGGAAAAAGAAUCUGGCUUUAAGCCUAACAGUACUACUGAAGCGCAAAAUGAUGCGGAGGCAGAGCCCAUACUUUUAAAAGAUAGGGGACGGCAAGUUUUGGAUCCAGCACAAAGUAGACACCAAAGUUAUCAAGAUAGUUAUGAAGACAACAAGAAUAUUGACUCCGAAGCGCCUGAAGUUAAUAUCGCACAUUUAGCAAAGCUUGCUCCUGUCGCUGAAAAUAAAACUGACAAAAAUGAGAAAAUCGUACAUUAUUUUGCUGAAGUGGAAAAACAAAACAAAUACCUCCACGAAAGGCAGAAGUACAGGUUUCACAUCAUCCCAGAUGGUAACUGCUUGUACAGGGCUGUCAGUAAAGCCGUGUAUGGGGAGCAGUCCAUGCACAAAGAUUUGAGGGAACAAACCCUCCACCACAUAGCGGACCACCUGGAUGAUUUUAACCCGAUUAUUGAAGGCGAUGUCGGUGAAUUUUUGAUUAACGCUGCCCAGGAUGGAGCGUGGGCCGGCUAUCCAGAGCUGUUAGCAAUGAGCCAGAUGUUGAACGUUAACAUUCAUCUCACUACCGGGGGCAGCUUGGAAAGCCCCACCGUAUCCACGAUGGUGCAUUACCUGGGCGACGAGAAGCCCUCCAAGCUGAGCAUUUGGUUAAGCUGGCUCAGUAAUGGACACUAUGAUACGGUGUCCGAUCGACCCUUGCCCAACCCCGAGUAUGAGAACUGGUGCAGACAGACCCAGGUGCAAAGGAACAGGGACGAAGAACUGGCAAAGUCGAUGGCUGCUUCUCUUUCCAAAAUGUACAUCGAACAGAACGGCAGUGCCUGAGGAAAAGAAAAUGAUUUUAAUCAGAAUAUGUACAACUGUAACCCUAUUGCAAUUUAUUUUACUGUAUCUGGUUCUAUAAAUUUUGCCUUAACUUAUUAUUCGUUUUUCUAACUGAAUGUUUUCCAAAGCAAAGCUGCUGAAGGUUGCGGUGCCGCCUGCAGUAUAAUAUUAUUGGGACUUUCUUUACUUCCAUUUUUUAAAGUGCUUUUUAAAUAUAUACAGAAUACUCAACUUGGUUAUUCCGAGAGUUGUACAUUGGAGGUAUUCUUAAAACUGAUUCCUUUUUUAAUGUUUGUGUCAGAGAGAAAGAGUGUGCUUGAUUUGUAAUGCCUCUUCACUUGUCUUACGUCUCUCAUGGUGUGGAAAUGAAUUUCAGUUAUACAGGUACUGAAUAGGUCUUUUCUGUACCGCACUGUGUAACUCACAAUUGCGUUUUAAAAUGGACUGUAGUAAAAUUAUUAGUGGCUUACUGCAGUGCAUACUAGUAUAUUAUAGGAAAGGGGGGGGGGGGGGCUUGACUAUUGCAUAAUAUUGCAGUUUACUUAGUUGCCUUUGUCGGUUUGCUGGGUCGAACAUUUACAAUUCAAUAAUAGUUUGAAUGUGGAGCUUGUUUUGUAUGAUGGAAUGGUAUUGUUAAAAUAGUGUCUAUUCUAUUGGAAAUCAUUGUGGCAGAUUGCAUCAUUUUCAAAGUGGUUUGCUGGGUCGAACUGAAAAUACUGUGUUUAUAUCAUUAUAAUAUCACUUGGAUGGAAUGAAUACAUUUGAUUGAAAUUUUCAGUGAACUGUGUUUUUUUAUAUACAAUUUUCAUAUUUUUUAGUUUUGUCUAAAAAAAAAAAAAAGAAAAAAAUUGAGGUGUUUGUAUGCAUACAAAAUAACGUUUAUGAUGCAUAGCCAAUAAUGUAUUAGUAGUAGUAGUAUUGAUAAAGCAGCUCAUUGGCACAUUUAAAGGCAGAUCGAUGUGUAAACUUGGGUUAGGAGUUAGUGAAUUGUGUCAAGUACAGUAUUGCUGAGACUUUGAGAGCUAUUUUGAAAACUUGGCCAAAUGAUUUUAAGUAAGUCUUUUAGUAUUGAGUCUGAAUCUUCUUUGCUUUUAUAUUUUAACUCAUGUGUACACUUUGUUUUGUUCAAUUAAAUGUGAUUGGUUUAGUUUUCAUGCUCCAGCUUAGCUUUUUUAGUUCCAGAGCUAAAAUAGAUUUACUCAACACAAUUUACCAAGUUAUGAAAAUAACUGAAGAUUACAGCC